UGUUUUUCCCGCCAAAACUACGACAGGUGCCACGUGACUUGCCCCGUUAUAAACAUUAAAGUUGUAAUAAUCUGGUCGUUUUGUGCAUUUAUAAUUACAAGUCACCUCAUAGUUUGUAAUUAAAUGGGUUAACCCAUUUUGUGAGGUAACUCGAGAUUAUAAAUUCACAAAACGACGAGAUAAUUACAACUUUGUGGUUUAUCGAGGGGUAUGAGGCACGUGGCACCUGUUGUAGUUUUGGCGGGAAAAAUAAACAAUUAUUUUACGUAAACUAUAGGAAUAUUUAGUCUUUUAAUCGCACGUAAUAAAUAAAACACUCUAGCAAUGUACCACUUGGUAACAUUUAAUUGCAAACUAUGAGGUUUUGAAGAACUUUUUAAGCGGCACAAGAUUUCGUGAGGGGGAUGCCGUUGCAAGCGUUCUCCUUCCCCAGCCCAGAGACGCGACUCUUGGUCGUGCAUGGCACCAUCAUCUGCAAGGUCAAGCUGCAGUACGGCCUCGCCAGCAGAGAUCACUGGGCUGCACUCAAAGCCAAACCGCACAUCCAGGACGAACUGGAGGUAGCGAUCAGAGUGGUUCUGGCAAACGAAGACAAUCUGAAGCCCUUCGUCACGGACAGUUUGAGCGUCUUCCCGUACAAGCACACGUGGGAAGCCGCGGGGACAAUGAAAUUUCGUGAGUGCGGCGUCGACCUCAAGUCCCACCCCUGCAUGUUCAUCAUCUACGUGGAGGCGCUGGAUGGCUCCCGAGUGCACGAGAACGGAACGGGCUCAGGAAAUCUCGCAUCCGCAGUCACCGACGAUGAGACGGACUGUCUUGAAGAGGAGUCUGAUGAUGAGGAGGAGGAUGACGAGGAUGACGAGGAGAUGCAACGUGAAUUGAAACGAAGGAGGAGUGAUGAACAUGAUGACGAAGAUGAUGACAAUCGCAGAGCUUUAACGCAGGGGAGUGACUCAUCACGAGCCUCGGAACUCCACUCCACAGGGAGCACGAGGAGGAGUGGACAGGAGACAUUCGCACACGCAGAUGGCGAGGCCACUGCUGCUGCUGCUGCUGCUGCAAUCUCCACUCAACGCAGUGACAGGGACGGAUGGCACGCACGCUCCGAGAUUGUCACGGAACCAGCCAAGGAUGGUGCUGAUGGUGGUGAUGGUGGUGAUGGUGGUGAUGGUGGUGAUGAUCUUAAAGCCGUAAGCCAGCUAGGAAGAUGGGCCAGAGCCAUUUUUGGACUCCUCAAGCUGCCGCUGAAGCUGUUUGGAUACUGAGGGGGAAGACGCGCAAGCCGGGGGUAGGGGGGAGAUCAUCAUCGGUGGAGUCGAGGAAUCUACCUGAGCGUCCGUGUGUGUGUGAGUGUGUAUGUGCGUGGGUACGCGUGAGUGCGUGUGAGCAUGUGAGCAUGUGAGUGUGUGUGUGAGUGUGUAUGUGCUUGGGUGUGUGUGAGUGUGUAUGCGUGAGUGCGUGAGUACAUGCGGAUGGAUACGUGCGGGUGCGUGCGUGGGGGCAUGUGAGUGCGUGUGAGUGUGUGGGAGUGCGGGUGUGCGUGUGUGUAUGUGCGUGGAUGUGUACACGUGAGUGCGUGUGAGCAUGUGAGUGUGUGGGAGUGCGGGUGUGCGUGUGUGUAUGUGCGUGGAUGUGUACACGUGAGUGCGUGUGAGCAUGUGAGUGUGUGGGAGUGCGGGUGUGCGUGUGUGUAUGUGCGUGGAUGUGUACACGUGAGUGCGUGUGAGCAUGUGAGUGUGUGGGAGUGCGGGUGUGCGUGUGUGUAUGUGCGUGGAUGUGUACGCGUGAGUGCGUGUGAGCAUGUGAGUGCGUGUGAGCAUGUGAGUGUGCGGGCGUGCGAGUAUGUCAGUGUGUGGGAGUGCGGGCGUGCGGGUGUACGCGUGAGUGCGUGUGAGCAUGUGAGUGUGUGUGGGCGUGCGGGUGUGUGGGUGUGUGAGCAUCUGGACAUGCGUGAGAAUGGGUGCGGCCGUGUACAUGCGGAUGGGUGCGUGCGGGUGCGUGGGGGCGUGGGGGCAUGUGAGUGCGUGUGAGUGUGUGGGAGUGUACGUGGGUGUGUACGCGUGAGUGUGUGUGAGCAUGUGCGUGCGUGGGGGCGUGGGGGCAUGUGAGUGCGUGUGAGUGUGUGGGAGUGCGGGGGUGCGUGUGUGUGUAUGUGCGUGGGUGUGUACACGUGAGUGCGUGUGAGCGUGCGAGUGUGUGUGAGCGGGCGAGUAUGUGAGUGUGUGGGAGUGUGGGCGUGUGGGUGUGUACGUGUGAGUGCGUGUGAGCGUGUGUGAGCGUGUGUGAGCGUGUGAGCGUGUGGGAGUGCGUGGGUGUGUGUAUGUGCGUGUACGCGUGAGUGCGUGUGAGCAUGUGAGUGUGUGUGUGAGCGUGCGAGUAUGUGAGUGUGUGGGCGUGCGGGUGCGUGGGUGUGUGAGCAUCUGGACAUGUGUGAGAAUGUGUGCGGCUGUGUACAUGCGGAUGGGUGCGUGCGUGGGGGCGGGCAUGCAUGGGGGCGGGCGUGUGUGCGUGUGUGCGUGCGUAGCUAAAGCACAGCAGUCAUCUCAGUCAGUCGACCCGUGGCACCUGCUGAGUCUGCCCCGUGACCUGCCAGCGGGCGUUCGACACUUCACGUGGUAGCCUCAAGGUGCACAUGGCCUGGCACAGGCGUCGUGGUGACGUCACCGCCACUUAGUGGAGAAUAGCGGUUGUUGUUGAUAUGGUGUGCACGUACGUAUGUAUGUGGUGUGGGUGUGCACGUGUGUGUGUAUGUGGCGUGUAUCUGUGUGGGGAGGGGUGGCGCUCCGGUUAGCGCUGCGCUACAAACCCUGCAGAGGCCCGAGGUUCGAUUCCCGCUCACGGCCACAAACACCGGUGACAGCGAUUAUCUGAACCGGUACCUGGGGCCUCCCCUAGGUCGACUCGGCCUCAAAUGAGUACCCGGUGCCAUGGCGUGUAGUAAACAUCGCUAGCACUGGGGGAGAGACAAAGGCGGCCGGGCGUGGUGCUGGCCACCCACCCCCUCUGUGUGUGUAGCCACAGUGCCGGUAGCCUUCAUAGGCGCUGCUGCUGCUACUCGCCACUAACAGCACUUGCCCCUACAGCCUGUUCAGGCUACUUGGGGGAUCUUUGUCUUUGUUGGGGGCAAUUGCCGUCUGCUGGUCAUCUCAGUCGGUCAACCCAUGGCACCUGCAGGGUCUGUCACGUGACCUCCUGCACCUAGCCUGGCACAGCAGCAGUCAACCCAUGGCACCUGCUGGGUCUGUCACGUGACCUCCUGCACCUAGCCUGGCACAGCUGCAGUCAACCC